GCAGUAGAGAAGGGAGGGGAUCCAAGUCCGCAGAUCGUCUCCUAAACCCCCUUCUCUCAAAUAAUUAAACCCCUGGUUGUGGCCACCGCCGCCGCCAUUUACGUCGUGUGUCGACCACUGUCUACCGCCGUCCAUCCAAUCUGUCAUGCGUUGGCCGUGGACCGCACUUUCCGGAAAACACCUCCGGACCUCGUCAUUACCAGCAGUUAGUUAGUUACAAACUUGUUAUUCUUCAUUUUUUUUCAUUCCCUCUUAUGAACACCAUUUUCUCAAUAGCAUUACGGCCACAACACCACCGUUUCAUUCCACUCUUCUUCAAAAUGCUAUCAACACACCCUCUCCAAACUAAUGUCAAUCCAAAACUCCCCUUUGAUUUAAUAACACUCGGCAGUUUCCUUCGUUCCUCCAAACCCAACUCAUUCGCCAUCAAUCAAAUGCUUCCGGUCUUCGCCCGCGUCAUUCAUCACUAUAAAACCCAUCAAACAAUCCUCUCCAAGUUAGUAUCAAUUGGUUCAAUAAACCUCUCUACAAUAAACAUAAACCCUAAUCCAUUUAUAAACUUAUUAAGAAUUUUCUCCCGUUCAGGUAACCACGAAUUACUUAUCAAAACUUGUGAUUACAUGGUUGAGUUUCACGGUUUUCAAAUCUCGAGUAAAACCUUUGCUUCGAAUUUACUCAUGGAGUCUCUGUUUAAAGCUUCUCAACCGAAAAACGCUUUUAAGAUUUUCGGAGAAACGAGAUCGCCUAAUUUCCUUACUUUCAACAUUGCGCUUUUUCACCUUUCCAAUUUCAAUGACAUUGUUAAUGUUAAGUAUGUUCUUAGAGAAAUGUUAAGGUUGCGUUAUUGUCCUAAUGCGUCUACUUUUAGUGCGGUUCUGAAUGCGUUUUGUAAGAUGAAUGCGUUUCGGCAAGUUUAUCAGAUUUUGGGUUUAAUGAUUGGUUUAGGGAUUGAAUUGUCUGUUAAUGUUUGGACUGUACUGAUUCAUCACUUCUGUAAAUUGGGUAAGCUUGAUGUUGCUGACGAUUUGUUCGACAAAAUGAUUCAAAGCUGUUGUUCUCCUAAUUCUGUUACUUAUACGCCUUUAAUUAAGGCGGUAAUGGAAUCCGACGAUGUGACUCUUGCCUUACGUUUGGAGCAAAAAAUGAACUCUGUUGGUAUAGUCCCUGAUUUAGUGUUUUAUAAUAUGUUAAUUGAUUGUCUUUCAAAGUCCGGAAUGCACGAGGAGGCAAUUAGAGUAUUUGAGCAAAAAAACUUUAAACCUGAUAAGUAUACAUUUACUUCAUUAUUGUCUGCAAUCUGUCGGUCUGAACAGUUUGAUCUCUUACCCAAAUUAGUUCAACAUUGCAAACAUAUAAGUCGUGAUUUAGUGUUCUGCAAUGCUCUUUUAAUCUCCUAUGUUAAGGCUGGGUAUUCUUCUCGUGCUCUUGAACUCUAUGAACGUAUGAUUUCUGAAGGUUUUAAGCCGGAUAAAUAUACUUUUGCUGGGCUACUAAGUGCACUUUGUGCUGAAAACAGAAAUGAUGAAGCAGUUAAAGUGUGGCGUGCUGUUACGAUGGAUCACACAGAUGAUGUUCACAUCCAUACUGUGAUAUCGAAUGAGCUUAAAAAGGCUGGUCAGUAUGAACAGGCUUCUGAUGUUUUUAUAUCCGAAGCAGUUAAGAAAUAUCCUCUUGACAGUAUAGCAUAUGGUGUUGGCAUCGAUGCACAUCUUAGAAGUGGAAGAACUUUAGAGGCCAGAACAUUGUAUGACCAGAUGAAGAAAAAUGGUCUGGAACCUAAUUUUCAGACAUUUAAUAUGAUUCUUUUCCGUUCGCUUGAAGUAAAAGACCUUCAAAUGGUUAAACAGUUGCUGCAAGAUAUGAUUGAUUCAAGGAUCAAGUUGAGUGACAGAAAUUUCUUCAACUUGCGUAAAUUUCAAUGCAAUUGGAAUUUGUUGACUGAGAUGAGAGAUUUGGGUUUAUUAUCUUCCAAGGUGUUGCAUACUGAAAAUGUAAAAGCAAAUUCUAAACAUUGUGCUGAAGUUGAUACAGAAUGCAACUCCAGUUCUGAAGAUAUGUCAGAUGUAGCUGUGUCAGUUUGUUGAGCUCUUAUUGUUACUAUGUUGUAGUCGACGUCCGAUUGAAGGUUCAUUCAAUCCGUAUAUCAUAAAACUCAGCAAGCUAUCCACAAACUGAUUGCACACAUUGAUUUAGUGGUGGCUGAUUUCAAGGACAUGUUUGAUUGGAACUCCAGAGUUUGAACAUAUCAUGGUUACUCUAUAAGGAAGGAAGGUUCGUAUCCCAUGAAUGUUUGCCUCCUUUCUGAUUAGAUCAGUAUCCUAAUUCCCAAGAUGUUGCUACUUCCAUGCUGUCCAUGUGAUGGUGGACCCAUAUCCAAUGACAAAGAUGAUUAAAGCAUGAAGGAACCAUCUCAAGAGGUUUUUGGUUUUAGGUAAACGACAGCCGAGUUAAGCAGUGGCGAGCUUCAAGUAACUUGAUGCAUUAAGCUAUGGUUUCCAAGAAAAGGGCCUCCUUAGUGGUUCUUUGACAAAGACAUUAUAGAGUAACCACAAGAAGAUAUGGCUUGUAAACACUAGUAGAAAACAUGAUGAGUUUUACUGGACUUUGAAAGUUGAUCAGUGUUAUUUUUAUUUGUAGAUCUGCAGAUUUAACUCAUCUCUUCUAUAACACUGCCUUAUGGAUUUAAUAUAGGCUAAUCUGAGAGAGUAGAUGUCCUAAAAGGGUUUGGAUUUAGGAGUAAGGGAGUAGGAGGCAUGCGAGUUGACGGCCAGCAACUGUUAAUUGUCCCUUCCGAGCUGACCUAUGGAAGCAAGGGAGUAGACAUCAAAGUUCUCAAGGCUGAGCAUGUAAGUUUAGAAAUGCAGAUAGAGUUUGCUCAAGAAAUCGACAUCAUGAGGAAAGGAACAUGAGAUUCAGCUGCAAAGGAAUAUGAAAAUCACCUACUAGAGCUGUUAAUGGGGUAUACGAAAAACUAGUUAUCGUUUAUUUAAAUUUUUUAACAUUCAGAGGCAGGUUAUGUUGCCUAGUAGAGCUUUUAUUUGUGCAUAUCAUGGAGUUAGAUAUUUGCUUUUAUGCUUGCUUUUAGUUGUGCUGAACAAGAUUGUAUUUCAGAUGUACAGAUAAGAUUGAUUUUCACAUGAGGCAUUACUUUAUCUUUUUUGUUUUACGUUGAAUUGUAGGACGUGUCUUUUGAUGUGUUUUACGUUGAACAAGAUUAUACUAAAUGAGUUGAACUAUAUUAGACCAUACCAACACAUAGAAAGAUCAAGCCUGUCGUGUCACAAACCAAACGCCGAAAAUGUUAUUUGUUCACUGCCGUUGCCGUCCUAGAAUCUGAUCCAACGUGGGAAAAGUACUAGAAAUGUCAGGAAUUGAGCUAUACCUUCAAAUUUUAGAACAUAAUAACUGGAUGACUUGAUUUUCAAAUGAGGCCACUACCACUAAAGAUGUUAGUGUAGACUCAUAUCUAAAUCAAACUCUGACAGCACCUUAACAUGUUAGGCAGUAAAUGGUAUCACUUUGUGUGCCAAUUGGUUGACAACCAGCAAAAUCAUACAAAACUAAACUUUAGAGACUCCAAUAAAAAAUGAAUGCAUAUAGCAGUAACUUUGGUAUCUGAUGUAGUGGGUUAUUUUUUUCUCACCUUUAGUAAUUCUCAUAAAGGGAAAGCGAAAUAGGCCACUGAGGUGUUCAAAGACACAAGACUUCCUGCUCUAUUCAAGGUUAAGGUGCCAUUUUUAUUAGUAUUAUUUGGCAUGAAAAUUUUGCAACUAGUUGAUGCAAUGUCGCUGGUAAUAUAAAAACCAUUGCUGCUAGACAAAAUUGAAACUACGAGGUAAAUUUACCCAUUUCACCUUCGAUAUUCCUCUGCUAUAGCUAACAAUUGGCCUUUUCAUUGGAAACAGAACAUACAAACCAGAAGCUGUAAUUGAACAUGUUCAAGUUUAAUUUUUUUGGACAAAGUGACAAGAGUACAGAAACAAUAUAGCCAAGUGAUGGGUCCCAGUUAUGAUGGCAUUAGACGAAAGAGUUUGUGAAUGGUCUGCAACUCAAAGACUUCCAUUGCUGAUAACCAUCAGAAUUCAGAAGUUCAGAAAUACUGUGAAAGCAGGCUAUGGCAGAAGCGGCGAAGGAAAUUGGUUAAAAUUCUGAAGAGACUAAGGAAGUUGGUUUGAAUGUCAUUGGUUGAUUGAAAUUAAGAAUUAUAUUCAAGAGUUGUGUUGAGUAUAGCUCAUAUAUACGCAUAAGAUGCAAAGGAAGUUGGUUUGAAAGUCAUCGUUGUGACAUUGUAAAAUCCAAGUCAUCACAGAAAUAAACAGAAUUAUAGCUGCUCCAUAGUCCCAGAAGUAGACACCAUAUACCUGUGUGAACAAAAAUUGUGUCUCAUAGUCUUGUGACUUUCGUUUCUUUUA